GACCGGGUAGGCGUUGGGACUUGGUGGGUGGUGUGGCGGCGGCUGGGCUAGCUAGAGGUGGGACCCGAGCCGGGUGCCCUGGGACCUCCAGCCGGAAGGCGAAGACUCGAAGGAGGACAGGCACCGGCGGGCGCGCCCCAGUCUCCUCGCCUGCGACGCACCUUUGCCGCAGCGCCCCGGCAUUUCGCCUUUCUCCCCGGGACUAGCCAUGGAGCGCCAAGUCCAGCGGCUUCGGCAGGCGUUCGGGUCCGGCCGCUCCCGACCCCUGCAGUUCCGGCGACAGCAGCUGGAGGCCCUGCGGAGGAUGGUGCAGGAGCACGAGAAGGACAUCCUGGCGGCCAUCGGCGCCGAUCUGUGCAAGACUGAAUUCAACGCAUACAGUCAGGAAGUCAUUACCAUCCUUACAGAAAUUGACUUCAUGCUGGCAAAUCUUCCUGAGUGGAUUACUCCUAAAGCAGCUAAGAAGACCAUGCUGACCUUGCUGGAUGAGGCCUGCGUUCGACCAGAGCCUCUGGGAGUCGUGCUGAUUAUUGGAGCUUGGAACUACCCAUUUGUUCUCUCUUUGCAUCCACUGGUGGGAGCCAUCGCUGCAGGAAAUGCUGCAAUUGUCAAGCCUUCUGAAUUAAGUGAAAGUACAGCCAACAUCUUAACCAAGCUCCUCCCUCAGUAUUUAGACCAGGACCUGUAUGCUGUUAUUAAUGGUGGUGUCGAGGAAACCACAGAGCUUCUGAAGCAUCGAUUUGACCACAUUUUCUAUACGGGAAGUGCUGCUGUUGGAAAAAUUGUCAUGGCAGCUGCUGCCAAGCAUCUGACCCCUGUGACCCUUGAACUGGGAGGGAAAAGUCCAUGUUAUGUUGAUAAAGAUUGUGACCUAGAUGUUGUUUGCAGACGCAUAACCUGGGGAAAACUGAUGAAUUGUGGCCAAACCUGCAUCGCCCCCGACUACGUUCUCUGUGACGCCUCCCUGCAGAAUCAAAUUGUGCAGAAGAUUAAGGAAACUGUGAAGGAAUUUUAUGGAGAAAAUAUAAAAGAAUCUCCUGAUUAUGAAAGGAUCAUCAAUCUUCGCCAUUUUAAGAGGGUACAAAGCUUGCUUGAAGGACAAAAGAUAGCUCUUGGUGGGGAGACUGAUGAGGCCACCCGCUACAUAGCCCCAACGAUACUUACUGAUGUUGAUCCUAAGUCCAAGGUGAUGCAAGAAGAAAUUUUUGGACCAAUUCUUCCAAUAGUGCCUGUGAAAAAUGCAGAUGAAGCCAUAGACUUCAUAAAUGCACGUGAAAAGCCCCUGGCUCUCUACAUAUUCUCUAACAACAAUAAGCUCAUCAAACAGAUGAUUGACGAGACAUCCAGUGGUGGUGUCACAGUCAAUGAUGUCAUCAUGCAUUUUACACUCAAUGCAUUGCCCUUUGGCGGAGUGGGUUCCAGUGGGAUGGGAGCAUAUCAUGGAAAGUACAGUUUUGAUACUUUUUCUCAUUAUCGUUCCUGUUUAUUAAAAAGUUUGAGGAGAGAAGGUGCCAACAAACUCAGAUAUCCACCCAACAGCCAGUCAAAGGUGAAUUUGGCGAAGGUUUUGCUGCUGAAACAGUUCAACAAAGGAAAAGUCGGGCUCCUGUUGCUCUCGUUGCUGUGUGUGGUGGCAGCUGUGUUCUACAAGAAAUACCAAGCUGUGCUGAGGAGAAAGUCCCUGUUGCUCUCUCUGGUAGUUCACAGACUGCUUUGGUCCAGUACACAGUGAUGAACAGGAAGUUUCAAAGCCCACCUCUGUCUGUUAAGAGUGAGGUAG